ACUCCCUCUUCCGAUCCUCCAUUGCACUUUCCGGCCUUCCAUCGUUUCCGGCGUCAAGUUUUUCUUGAAACUAUAGUUUUGGAGACCACGAUGGUCGACGUUGACCGGAGGAUGGCCGGUCUGAACCCGGCUCACUUAGCCGGACUCCGUCGUCUAUCAGCCAGGGCGGCGGCGCCCAGCCCAGCGACGCCCGUUCCUCCUCGGAACAGCCUGCUGUCCUUCACUACUCUCGCCGAUAAAGUCAUUACCCACCUUAAAAAGUCUGGGGUUCAGGUGGAGCGUGGGUUGUCGGAAUCUGAGUUUGCGAGAGCGGAAGCUGAGUUUAAGUUUGCUUUCCCUCCCGACCUCAAAGCGAUCCUCUCCGCCGGCCUGCCGCUGGGUCCUGGCUUCCCCGACUGGCGGUCCUCGGGGGCCGCGCGUCUCCAGCUCCGCGCGUCCAUUGAGCUCCCGAUUGCCGCCAUCUCUUUCCAUAUUGCCCGGAACGCUCUCUGGUCCAAGUCCUGGGGCUCCAGACCGUCCGACCCGGAAAAGGCAAUCAAAAUCGCUAGAAAUGCUCUGAGGAGAGCUCCGCUUCUGAUUCCUAUUUUUAACCACUGCUACAUUCCCUGUAAUCCUUCCUUGGCGGGAAACCCCAUUUUCUACGUCGACGAGAAUCGGAUUUACUGCUGCGGGUUAGAUCUCAUGGACUUCUUUGAUCGCGAGUCUUCUUUGUUCCUCCGAUCAAUUAGCGAAAUCUCCGCCGGCGAUACUUCCAGGAGAAGAAGCCUUGACGCGCUCGCCGGCGGACGCACGCCGCGGUGGGUUGAGUUCUGGAGCGACGCCGCCGUGGAUAGACGCCGGAGAAACUCAAACUAUUCCUCAUCGUCUUCCGCUGCUUCCCCUGAACGAUUCUCCGGUAUGCCCAAGUCCCAAGUCCCCAUCUGGGUCAACGAGUAUAUAGACCAAAUCGGGUCGGUUUUACGGGAAGGCGGGUGGAACGAAUCCGACAUCUCCGAGAUCGCAACCGUUUCCGCCGCCGGUUUCUUCGAAGAAGAGAUGGUGCUUCUGGACAACCAAGCCGUUCUCGACGCCCUCCUAGUCAAAGCCGAUCGUUUCUCCGAUUCGCUCCGGAAAGCUGGGUGGAGCUCCGACGAGGUUUCGUACGCAUUGGGGUUUGAUUUCCGAACGGAGAAAGUAAAGAAACCGACGAAACUACUCUCGCCGGAGUUGGUGGAGAAAAUCGGAAAACUGGCCGAGUCGGUUUCCCUGUCAUCAUCAUAGUCGUCGUCCCCUUUUCUGGUGCAACGGCCUUUUACUGGCUACCGGCAAACAUGGAGAUUCUUUUCUUUAUCGUACUUUUAGAUUUUCUAAACAUCGGUUUACUUUUUUGCCUGUUUUUGGUUAAAAAUAGAUUUGAAAUUAAAAAAAAAAAAAAAAAAAAACUAUGCGAUUUUUAAAAAUGGUUGUAAAAUUAGAUGAAAUGAUUAUAGUGCAUGGGAGAAACCUCUGUAAUUACGAAUAUAUAUAAUAUAGGACAUAUUACGGAAUAUUUGUUUUUAUU